GAAGAAACAUGAAGAGCAGUAAGAGUAAGACAUGUAAAGCUCUCUCCUCAGAGCAGGAGUGUGGAGUUUGGCUGGACGCUGAUGAACUAAGGGCGAAGAAACAGAGAAAACUGGCACGACCGAUAUCUAAACUCCUGAAUCCACUGGCUCGGUCCGGAGGCUACAGCAUGGCAGUGGCUCUGAAUUUUACCCAAACCAAGAUGGAAAUGCCUGUGACGAAACAGAGCACCAUCUCCUCAUUCUUUCUUCCACAGAGUAAAAAGGGAAAAGAUGCAGAUGACCGCAGCUCUUCAUGACCAUCAGGAACGUCUUCUACUCCCCUUCCUCAGUGGUGUAUAAAUUUGAGCAAAAAUCCACAGGAAUUUUGUGCAUUCCAUUUGGUCAGAGGUGUCUCGAUUAUUGCA